GGGCGGCGGCGAGAGCGGCCGCAGGAUGGUGCUGCGGCGGCUGCUGUUCGUGCUGCUCAGCAACCCGCGGCUCAUCGAGAAGCUCUCCGAGUCGCGGCCCAUCCGCGCCGCCGCCCGCCUCACCGCCACCGGCAUCAUCCGCGGACAGCUCGGUGCCCGCCGGGCGGCCCGGGACCUGGGUCCGCGCCUGUUCCGCCUGCGCGACGCCUUCCUCAGGCAGCUCAAGGACAGCGCCCGGGCGCGGGGCUGGCCGCGGCCACCCGGGCGUGGGACGGGCCGAGGCGGCGGCCCCGGGGCAGCAUCCUGAUCGCCGCAGCCAGCGCAAGGAACCCGCAAGAGAAGAGGAGGAAAUCCCGGCCGCUUUCGUGUGCCAAGCCCUGAGGAACAAUUGCAUUACAGCCGACGGUUGAAUGGGCGCGGGGCCUUGGUAACGGGCUCCUGGGGCCAGCCGGACGACGGGCAGCCUUCUCCUGAACCGGUGGUACUGGCAGCUCUGCCAGCUGCGGCGGAUCCCAGCGUUACCGGGCCUGCGGACGCUGCUCUUCCACAGCCCAAAGCCAGGAGCGGCUCCUGAGCCCAAGCACCAACACUUGAAGCAUGCUGCUGUUUGAUAGGAUGGAUUUUCAUUUCAAAGCCAGUUUACACUUUCCACAGUACUCAGUAACAGGUAGACUCACAUUAAACAUCGUCCAGAAUGCUUUCAAACUUGUCACUUCCAAGUGCUUGGCAAGAAAAAUGAAAUAAAAGCUAAUGUCUCA